AUGGCACAAAAUUAUCUUGGUCUCGAGGUUUCCGCCCACACUGAUUCCAAAUAUGAUAUCAGGUUUAUCAUGGAAGCCGGAAUUACACUUUGUGCAAACUCUAUAUAUGAACAACAGUAUAAGCAUAGCACAGUACAUGAUGCACAAUUGGCCUUAUUCCAAUAUUUGUUAAAACUUUCGAAAGGAACGUCGGAGUGGACGACCACAUUACGCAUGAUUUUUGGACUAUGCAACAAUUACGGGAUUUUUGGACUAUGCAACAAUUACGGGUAUGUAGUUAUGCUGAGCGCUGCAGAGGAUAUUAUGGCUGUCCAGGAAGGAGGCAAUGUAACCAAAACAAUCGAGAAUUGUGAGGAUCAUAUCACUGCUCGACAUUGUACUUCUAUUUCCACUGGAGCUGUUCUUCUCGCCGACAACCUUCCUUCUCUUUUUGUUAAACUAACCUUUCCAUUCUUUAUGCAUCGAAUUCCAUUUGUAUUUCGUCACGUCUUAGUGUGCGGACUUCAAUCGGCAAGUUACUUCAUAGUCGCUUUCUCCCUGAGUGUGCCUAUGUCUCUAGCCGGAGUUUGCUUUGCUGCCUUCGGAUCAGGAAUUGGAGAAAUAAGUUAUCUCGCGCUGGCUUCGCAUUAUCCAACGUAUGCACUUGAUGGCAUUGAGAAUUCAAAAUUAGCAAUAGCUGCUUGGUCUUCCGGAACGGGUGCUGCCGACGGACACAAAACAAACGUAUAUUUCAACAAAGAAUUUUGUGAAACGCCACCUGUACCGCUCCGAUCAACGUAUGCAAAUGUAGAAAAAAGAAGCUGCCGCAAAACCGAUAGCAAUUUAUGAUU